AUGAAGUCCCCAUGGCUUGGUACUUAUACAAUUCCGAGUAGACAGAAUCGCCAUCGGGUAGACGGUGAGCAGCGUAGCAGCCAGAGAGCCACCAGCACCACUGCUUGGCCAUCGAGCUGCCCAUCCUACUCCGUCCGAGCAGAUGUGGUAGCGGCAUUGUGUGUGGGUGGUGGUGGUGGUGGUGGUGGUGGUGACGUUGGGUUCAAGGCCCCUCACGUCCUCGCGUAA